UGAGUUGAGACACCUUUGUUAGUUGGUCGAAAUGUUACCUUUGCCAAGUUUAACCGUCGUCAAGUUUAACCGUUGAUUAGUUUUAACCUACGUUCAAAAGUGUUGUCCACUGUUCUCAAGUUUAGGGUUGAACCAGGAUGAACAGAAGCAGCCAGGUGGGCCUAGUUGCCCGCAGCCCUGAAGGGCACGCCGCCCAUGGCAUGCAGAUCAAGGGCCACGAGACAUCCUGGGUGGAAAUUCAGGCCCACACUUUCAGGAACUGGGUGAACGAACACUUGAGGAAUGUGGGCCUCGAAGUGCUGGACUUGACCAAGGACUUUCAGGACGGGACCAAAUUGUGUGCGCUGUUGGAGGUGCUACAGGGUCGGCAGAUAAAACCGCCCUGGAUCCGGAAACCGGCCAAUCAGCAUCAGUGUUUGGAGAAUGCUGCGUCAGCAUUGAGAGCUAUCGCCGACGAUGGCAUCAAGCUGGUAAAUAUUGGAAAUGUGGACAUAAUCAACGGUAAUCUGAAGCUGAUUCUGGGACUUAUAUGGUCUCUAAUCGUGCGCUACCAGAUUGGAAGAUCUAAGUUCCCUCCUCGAAAACUCAUGCUGGCUUGGCUAAAGGCUGUACUUCCAGAAUGUAGAGUCUCAAACUUCACAACAGACUGGAAUUCUGGAAUCCACCUGAGUGCAUUGCUGGACUACUGCGAGCCUGGACUAUUCUCCCACUGGAGACAUCUGGAUCCUCAUGACAGUGUCUCGAACUGUAGAAGAGCCAUGGAAGUGGCGCGAUCUCGUUUCAACAUCCCCAUGGUCCUGGAACCCGAAUAUCUGGCCUCUCCAUUCCUGGAUGAACUUUCGGGAAUGACCUACUUGUCCUACUUCAUGAAAGAGAACAGUCCAGGGUUCAAGUCCACCCUGCGCUGGGUCAACAGUCAGUUACCUGAUAAACAUAUAUCCAAUUUUACUUCGGAUUGGAACGAUGGAAGUGUUCUGUGUUCCCUGGUGAAUUCUUUGGGUGCCUCAGCCAAAUGUCUACCUAGUUCAGAUCCUAUAGUAUGGGAGUCCAAUCUCAAUGCAGGUAUAACCGGAGGCAGAAAGCUGGGAGUAGAACCGAUUCUGCGAGCCAAAGACAUGGCAGAUGCCAACGUGGAACAUCUGGGUGUGAUGGCGUAUGCUGCCAAUUUCCAGUGGAUUCCACCGCGCACCUCCCCUUCACUCACUGUGGCAGUCAGCUGUGACACGCAUACUACUCGUAUUCAUGUGCCUACAAAUUUCAAAAUCGACUUCCUGUCGGACGACGUAGAUCCUCGUGCGGUGACGGCUGAGGUGUUGGGUCCAGAGGGAGAGAGAAUCAAGUGCCAGCUCACUCUAGGGGCCAACGGGGGGAGGGGCACCUUCACUGCCAUGCAUGUUGGAAUGCAUCAGUUGAGUGUGUACAAUGAGGAGGAGAUGGUGAAAGGGUCACCAAUCCACAUCCGUGCCAUGCCUGAGCUUUCCAACAUCACCUACACCGGAAUGGAGCCAUGUGCUGUCGGGUCCAUUGUCGAAGUUCUGGUGAACUCAAACGGCGCACGCAGCGGCCUCAUCGAGGUGAUAGCUUCAUCUCCAACUGGCCGGCAACUGGACUGCCCCGUGCACGAGCAGGAUGGUGUGUACUCGGCCACUUUCCAACCAGACGAGCCAGGCGAGUGGAGUAUAGCUGUCAGGCAUAGUGGAGAGCUCAUACAGGGUGGACCGUUCACAUGUUUUGUCUUCGAUCCUAAUGGAGUCAAGGUAUGUGGAACACCUGUCAAAUUAGCGGAUGUUCUGCUGCAAAAAAUAAGAAGCCCAUUCCCGUUGAGAGUUGGUACGAGGGAACAAAUCAAAGCAGAACGACUGAGUGAAAAAUACAGCAGUGAUCGCCAUACUGAACGUGUCAUAUCUAACAACUACCACAACUCAGUGACUCGAGUCACCUCGCCUCUGCUGGAUCGAGUCAGUUCGCCAGUGAACUUGACUCGAGUCAGCUCUCCAGUCAACUUGACUCGAGUCACCUCGCCGUUGCUCGACCGAGUCAAUUCGCCAGUCAACCUGACUCGAGUCAACUCGUCGAGUCCGCUCGGUUCGCCUCUCCGCUCGCCGACCUAUCGUAACUCUCCAGUGAACGGGCAUUACAGGGGUACCUCACCCCUACAUUCCCCCAGCUCGCCUUUGGGGUUUCACAACUCCAACACAAGUAUCGAUACGUCGUCUAAUGUUAGAGUGUCGACAAUGUUGUCGAAUCUCAGUCAAAGGCGAGAUUCGUGGGAUGCACUUGUUAAAACACAAACAACUGUCAACGAAAUCGAUGCAGAAGUGAGUGGAGAUGCUCUCCAUCUCAUUCCAGUGCGUAGAUCUGCCUCUUUCUACAUCAAUUCUGACGCUCCGUUAAGUCAAGUUACUGUCACCGUUACAUCUCCUUCCAAGAUUUCGUUACCAGUGAAGUUGACAAAGACAGGCAAACAGAUACUCGUCUACUUCACAGCCUCUGAGAUCGGAGAGCAUGUCAUCGAUAUAAAGAUCAAUGAUAUGAGAGUUCAUGGAGCUCCUUUCAGAAGCCACGCCUACAAUGCAAACGCUAUUAAAGUUGACAGAAUUCCAAACGGAGUAGUGGGCCAGGCUGUUGAAUUCGAAAUUGACGGUUCAGGAGCCGGCUCGGGAAAUCUGGAAAUCCUCGUGAACGGAGGUCACGUGACCAGUUUCGUUCGAAAUCUGGGCAGUCAGCGUUUUCUGGCCUCGUUUGUGCCACACGAGGCGGUCACGCAUCUAGUGGAAAUGAAGUUCAAUGGAGACUCCAUACCAGGUAGGACUUAA